AUGCCUCAGAGGCAGGAACGUCCUCGGCCUCGACAUUCGAGUAAAGACGAGCAGCAUUAUAUCAUCCUUAUUCAAGAUAUUCCACGCCACUGUCGAUGGCAAGAGCUCAAGGACAUGACGAGGAGUCUGGGAGGUGAACAGAGCUUGAAAGCUGAAGUGUUCAGCGCGGGUGAUGGGACCCAGUUGGGACAUUGCACCAUCAAGGGUAAGGCUGAUGCCGUCAAAGUCUAUGAGAAUCUCUGCAGGCAAGGCUGGAAUGGCCAACGUGUGCGUGUCAAACUGGUUGCCCAAGAGAAGGACGGGAGUUUGAGAAAGAUACAAGGACCAAAAGAAAGUAAUGGGAUCACCACGUCGGAGAUACCAACAGGGUUGUAUCUUCCGAGCCUACAAGGACCUGCUACGACGACACGGCCCUCUGCCCUCUGCUCAUCAACUGGCAUCCGUAAGCUACCCAACACCGUACACAACAAUGGCGACUUGGGCUGCUCAACCAGCGAUGUCUUCACUCGCUUCUACUAUGGCUCCAGCUACGACAGCAUACCCAUCUGGAGUCUGUCCGCCUCGACCUUCAUAUCUACCACAUUCAACCCAUCCAAGCACCAUGGCUCCACCAGUGUCCUACAGCACUCGCUCAAUGGUGACUCUGCACGGCCUCCCUCGCCACCUUCUGCCGCUCCCCUUGUCCGUCGUGGCAAUGACGGCAGCAAAAUAUUUAUCUCUGGGUUGCCAUACUACCAGUCCGAGAGUGAACUGCGUGACCUCCUCAGACGCUACGGCAACGUUUUCUAUCUUGAGAUCCACCCUGAUAGCCGCAAUCCCGGUAAGAACAAGGGCACCGCACGGGCACGAUACAAAACUCCAACCGAAGCCCUUAGUGCCGUACGUGACCUUGACGGCAGAUACCUCUCUAAUCGCAAGAUCAGUGUCAAACAAGAGAAAGACGAACCCAUAUUGACCGCAGCAGCUGGGAGCUCAAGCUCCGGCUCCGGCUCAUCAAGAAGACGGUGGCAGGAGACACAGUGUGGGAGUGGUUCCUCGGCGCAGAAGAAGAGCGUGGUUUCGUCCAAGAUCACCAGUUCAAAGACCAAACGACACACCGCUGUGCCCUCGAAGGAGACUGCGAGAGAUCCAUCCCGAGCUGCAAGGAAAAGAUCAGGACAUAGCAGUGGCUCGACAUCCCCAACAGGUCCACUUGUCGUUAAUGGCGCGAGAUGUUCUUCGACUCGACGAGGUAGCUGGGACGAGAAAUCCGCAGAUGAUAGUGAUGACAGCAGUGACGAUAGUGAGGGGAGUGAAGAGGGCGUUGCGCUGGUAGCUGAGGAAGAAGACGAGGAUCAAGAGGAGGUCGAGGAUGAUGACGAUGAUGACGACGACGAUGACGAAGUCGUGCCAAAGGUACGUCCAUAUGUCACCUUCUCAUGA